AUGAGAGUGUUGAUUACUGCCCUUGUACUACAGCUCGCGGCAACGGCGUUGAUUCCCCCCAACUGGGCCAUCGUGAAGCCGACCAUGUUUACACUUUCAGAAGUAAAGCAACGGUUGAUAAACUCACUACAGGCGCUAGUGCCUCCCACACAAGGCGACAGGGAUCGGAUCUUGUUCCAGCCACUAUCCAACAUCACCGAGGCCGAAGUCUCAAGUACGGCCGCCGUGGCCGAAGAGAAUCUCCUAUUCAUACCUCGCGAAUUGAUAAACCCUACCAUGUUUGAGACGCUAGGCUUGUCGAAUUUGUUUGAGCGCACGUUCAAGAAUGGCACGAUUGCGCCUCAGAAAUGGUUGAAUUUCACUGCAAAAGACCAAGUCCUCAUUCCGCAGGAAUUCAAAACGUAUUUGCUCUUCAAUACGACAACGGUCUUCAACUCCGGUUUGGAUUUCAUCCAGAGGUACACCGAGCACCGCGCAGGGAAAAGCUAUCGCAGUUCCUCCUUCAGCCGAUUCUUGGCAAAUGCCGUGCCCUUUGAAAUCCCAAAGUACUUGGAGCUCACGGAUUAUUACUUGGUUAUUCCCGGAAGUAAGAAAUUGCAAAACUUGUCCUCGAAUGUGUACAACCGUGGCUUGUUGAUGUUUUCCAAGGCCCAGUUGCCGGCAUUUAGAUCGCAAUUGAGCGAGGACAAGCCGUUGAUUGUGUUUAUGUUUAAUGAAACGGAGCCUAGACAUUUCCUAAAGCUGACUAACAAUGGCGGCGGGCCCAGCUUGCUCAAUGCACCCAGGGUCCAGACCCCACCAGAGAAUGACCGGCCGAAAACCACCCCCAUCAUGUCGAUAAAGGACUACCUCAAGCAAAACCAAGUUUCCAAUUUUUUCGACAGGUUUGCCAACCUUUGGAUCAAACAAGUUGGCUACGACUCGCUAAUCUCAGCAGUUUUCUGCAACAUCCAAAACAGCGGCGACGACGGCGAAGAAGACACGAACCAAAGCUAUUGUCUCAAGAUCAAGAACCAAAUGAUUGACGUUUUCCCCGCCUACCAAAAUUUCGUCAACCCCCGCAAAGGCCAUCUGAAGUUGCAUGCAAACUCCUUACACCCCGACCCAAAGGAAUUGGACUCUCUUCUGGUUGAAAGCCAAGCCGUGCGACAAGUGCACGACAAGUUGCAAGCCAAAAAAUACGCCAUGACGUUAGCCACGUUAAGCUUGCUCAAGCACCCCAAGCAAACCAUCGAAGCCGCCGACGAAGUAUUUGAUAAGAAAGUUGAUGAAAAACUCACUAGCUUGUCACGCAAGAAGGAUCACCUCAAGGACUCCCUCGAUGACCGCAAGACUGCCCUCAAGAUCGACCUCAGUGAGAAAAAAGCGUAUAUCGAGGAUAAAUCGGACGCGUUGGCCGAUAAGAUUUCCCGCAAGAGAAAACAGCUUGAGCAAUUGCAUUUCCAGCCUAAGUUGUUUGAUAAGUCAGAUUACGAAGCGUGGGAUAUGGGCGAUUACGAAUGGGAUUGCGACUAUGAGCAUCACCCGGCCCUAUGCAGCUGCUCCGAUGACGAAAGCCCCAACAAGAUCAAGAGCAAGUUCGAAGUGGACGAAGGCAGCUGUUCCGAUGGAGAUGAAACUGACAAAAACGAGAAAGCGAAAGAAAACGAAGGUGAUGAUUGUUUCUACGCCAAAGACAAGAAGUACGCAAGCAAAAGGUCGGAAAUCCUUGAAGAGGAUUCAGUUGAAGAUAAUCCUCCGAGCCCAGGAGGUGUCAGCAUCGGCGGCGGUUUCACUAUACCUUUAUCCUUGCUCCACUUUGACGACUUGCACAAUUACUCCCCACGGAGAACCUCGUAUAGCCAAGUGAUAAACCUCGAUCUGUGGAAACCCGAGCGAUUGAAAAAAAGAAUUGAAUUUAGUGAUGAUAUAACUGAAUGCAAGCCGAUCACGUGGUAUAAUCUUUUCCACUAUAGCAUUUUCGGCGAUUCAAAAUUGUGCAACGACGAGGUCAAGCUUGGUGCAGUGGACUCCAUGUCUUCUCCUGGAGCAGGCUGA